UGAAACAGUGUGGAUUCAGGGCCUAGAAAUCGCGAACCGACCACAAAAUGACAACACAGAAGGCGAGGAAACAAUGAAGAAGUAAAGCGACCUCCGAUACUAGAGAAGUCACACAUGUUCCUGUUGUAGAUCGGACGAGACUUCACAGGCAUGAAGAUUGAAGGACACGAGAAGGAUCCUGGAUUUGUGAGCUCUCGCCAGAAUUUAGGAGGAGAUCCGUUGGAAAUAUGUGAAUAGUGUUGCUGAUGAAUGGUUCGUGGCUGCGGGGCUGGUCUGUGUCACCGCCUCGGCCUCAGGUGAGCCGGCUGCUGGGAGCAUGAGUGCCGCAUGGCUCUCUGCAUCGGGGUCUCUCCCAAAGGCCUCGGAAUGAAGUCCCCGAUGCUUCGAUGGCUGUUGCUGCUCGGCCUGAGCCUCCCCCUGUUGUUUUGGUUUGCCCAUGUGAUCACACGGGACGGGCCGUCGCCUGUUCUGCAAAGCAGCGGGCUCAGGGGCUACGUGAGGAUCAGCCCCGGCGGGACGGAGCAGGUGAGGAGCAGGGAUCCAGGAUCCAGGGGUGUAGCCCCCCCUCCAGAGGUGUGGGUCCAAUUUCUGCACAAGCACUGCAACCAGUGUGCCUUGGUCUCCAGCUCAGGUCAGAUGCUCAGAGCUGGCAUUGGUGACGAGAUUGACAAGUUUGCCUGCGUCAUCCGGAUGAACAAUGCACCCACGGAUGGGUUUGAAAGGGACGUGGGCAGCCGCACCAGUGUUCGGGUCGUGUCACACACCAGCGUUCCCCUGUUGGUGAAAAAUGAACGAUACUAUUUCCAGCAGUCAGCGGACACCACCUACGUGUUCUGGGGUCCUGAUAGGAAUAUGAGGCAGGACGGGAAAGGACGCAUCUUCAACACACUCCUGAAAAUAGCAAAGAAGUACCCGGAUGUGAAGAUCUACACCGUGACCAGAGAGAAGAUUCAGUACUGUGACAGUGUGUUUCAGAACGAAACCGGAAAAAACAGAAUGAAGACGGGAGCUUUUCUCAGCACUGGAUUUUUCACUAUGAUCCUGGCCAUAGACAUGUGUGAAAGAAUCCAUGUGUACGGGAUGAUCGAUGACAACUACUGCAGUCGGGCCAAUCACAGCGAUGUUCCCUACCACUACUACGAGCAAAACCGAGUCAACGAGUGCAGGAUGUACAAAGUGCACGAGCACACGAAACGCGGGGGUCAUCGCUUCAUAACUGAGAAGGCCAUCUACGCCAGAUGGGCCACGCACCAUGAUAUCAAGUUCAAGCACCCCUCCUGGAGUCUCUGAAGGAGGAAGCGAUAGUUCCCAGAUGUUCCCGGUGUUUCCCGACUGCUGUGGAAUUCACUUUUGCUGAUCUGUUCUUCUGAAUAUUUGCUGGAGAAGAACUUGAACAUGUUAAAAAAUGGGUUGGAGAUGGACUCCGGCUUUCAUUUGAGAUUAGACUGUUUUUUUGAGUCAUUUGAUACUGGAUUAUAGUGGGAUGAUCUGCAAUCAUAGAUAUAAAAUAGUGCAUUUAAUUUCUAUGCCACUGAAGAUUUUGACGUAUGACCCUCAGUAUUACUAAAUAUCCCCAUUAUUUAAAGCCAUAUAUCAGUAUUCUGAUAUUAGCCACUAAGAGCAGUUUAUACCAAAGCUUAUACUUAAAUUUCUUCAUGCUUGUGCCUUGACAUUCAGUCUCAUCUCUAAACCUAACCCUAACACAUCUUAGUCUGCAAUCUAGCCCCUGUCGUUUAAAAACUACAAAAUGCACUUUAUGCAUAUUGCUGGAACUGAUAAAUAGUUUCGCAAGGUUUCAAUCUUGUUUUUAUUUUUCCUUAAUGAUAAUUAAUUGAUUUAACCAGAGAUUUGUCAUUUUGCAUUAAAAUAAAAUACCAUACCUCAGAGCAGAGUCCAGUUCCUGCUAAAGUAAACCAAUGCCCUUGGACAGCCUUUUCAAAAAAGAAAAAAAAGUUUUCAAAGAUUUAAGCAAGUGUUAUAUGUGGCCCAUUUCAUUUGAUGAUUAAUUUAAAUGUUCUGCCCUCUGAUAUUUUUAAUGCUGUGGCCAUGGGCCUGAACUGUUGCUGCUCAUAUAACUAAACAUGAUACAAAGCUCUCGCUGUUUCUUUAUUCACAAUCGAGUACUUACUGUUGAGCUUGAAGCUUUUUACUCACCCUCAGAACAAGCUUUUUUUUAUUUUACUACUUGUGGUUAUGUUGAUGUGAACAUUGAUGUUUCCAUAAUGUCCUGAGUGCCAUUUAACCCACAGUGUGAUCAUUCAGUUGCCGAUGUUUCAUGUGGCAUUGGUGGUGUAACUUUUCAAUCACAAAUAUAUUACUUUGUUUUCAGCACCGACAACUACGUUAAAGUUGUUUACCCUUAGUAUUCUGCUGCCUGCCUGCAAUGAAAACUCGAGUGUUGCCUUUUCAGUUGCAUUGUGCUUUUAUUUUGUGACUAACUCCAAAGACUGUAAUAGUAUUUGCACUACUGUUCAAACUACUGUGUCAGUGUUUAACUGUACAUUUCAAACAUGCACUGUUUGACUUCAAGUGUUUGAUUAUUUACUUUAUAGGAAGCAUACUUUUAUGUAGUGAAUUGUGCAAAGUAAAAACUUGAAUGUAAACUCGACCACUGAGAGUGUUUGAUCGGUGUCAACAUGUAUAAAUUAGAUGUCAAACAGAGUCUGCCUUACAUGUUCAGGUCAUCUCAUGGUCUUCUGUAUAAAACUUGUAUUUCAUCAAAUUGAUAAAAAAUGUUUUGAAUAAUUAUCACUGAUGAAUGAGGCAUCAUAUGUUGUAGACCUGGGGUAAUAUACUGUAUGGUUACAACCAACCUUAUGUCUGACAAUUGACUUCUUAAAGGUGCAGUGUGUUAGAUUUAGGAGAAAGGAAUCUAUUGGCAGAUAUCUAAUAUAAAAAUAUUCCUUGUGAUGUUUUCACUAGUGUGUUUCAUCUCAAUAUAUUAAUUGUUGUUUUUUAACCCUGGAAAAGGCCCUUUAUAUAUGAAUACUUUAUGUUCACAUCUGGAGCCGGUCCUCAUAGAUGCUUCCAUGUUUUUGACAGUACAAACUGUACAAACUAUGAGAACUGAAAGCUACCAGAGGUUCUCUUUCUUGUUUGGAAGGGGAGGGUGAGGUGAGGGGUAUUCAGCUGCAACAUACAACUUCACCACUAGAUUUCACUAAAUUCUACACACUGAACCUUUAAAUAAUCAAUAAUUUUGGUGGGACAAAUGUCAAUCUGAAGCCCAACUCAACUUAUUCUGAUUUCUUGAUUUGUAUUUGGAGCCUAGAACAAGGUCGUUCUUACAUUUUUUACUUUAAAAAAAGAUUCAAAUGAUAAAUCCCUUAAAAAUGCUGUCAAUAAAUGUAUGUAAAUCAA